GCUCUUUUUAUUAUUAGCAUGAAAAGGUUGACAAAAUAAUUAAACAUUAUGUAUAAUUAAAGUGUUACUGCAUUAUCAUAUCAAACUACAUGAAUGGUUAAGAAAACUGCAAAUCUAUAAGGAUUAGAUUGAAAAUUUAUGGAGGUUGAAGGGGGCAUAUAUAAAUUUUUAUUACUUUCAAAUUAAAAUAUAGGGUUAAUUCGAAACUUUUAAAACUUUUUCGGUGGCAAAUGCAUUUUUUAUCUCUUUUUUUUUUUUUCCAAAAACUUGUGAAAGAUUGGGAGAGUUGCAACAUAGAAGAUCGAGCACCCAAGACAAGAUUUACAGGAUCUGCUAGACACUGGUUCUAAGUGUUUGUUGAUAAAAACUCCAAUUCAGAAAGAGUUAGCUGAGGAAUGGACGUGGCUCAUUGCUAUUUAGAAGGCAAUGCUGAUGCCGUAGAGUUUUGCCCCCACGAUGGGUACCAACAUGUAUUGGCGGCUUCAACGUACACCCUGAAAGAAGGUGAGCAACCAAUCCGAGCUGGUAGCAUUUCAUUAUUCGAUGUUAAUGCCGAAAAGGGUAAUCUCGAGUUGUUUCAUCGCGAGCACACUGCUGGGAUUUUUGAUAUUAAGUGGAGCACAGUUGGAAGCAAUGUGGGUCCUCUCCUUGCUCAAGCUGAUGCUGAUGGGUACUUGAGAAUCUAUAGUUUAGAGGGUUGCUGUAAUGAAGAGAAACCUAGAGGAGGCUUUCUUAAUGAAGUGUGUGGUGAAAAAAUCAGCUCCUCCAUGUGUCUUUUCCUGGAUUGGAACCCAACAGCCACAUCUAUCUCAGUCGGACUUUCUGAUGGUUCUGUUUCAAUAACUACACUUGCAGAGUCCAAAAUAGAAAAAUUACAAGAGUGGAAGGCACAUGAUUUUGAGCUUUGGACAAGUUGCUUUGACAUUCACCAACCACAAUUAGUAUAUACAGGAUCGGAUGACUGCAAAUUCAAGUGUUGGGAUAUGCGGGAUAAUCCAUCCAGGAUGGUUUUCCAGAAUUCCAAGGUGCAUAAGAUGGGAGUUUGUUGCAUUGCCAAGAGCCCCACCGACCCAAAUACCAUACUUACAGGUAGCUAUGAUGAAUACUUGAGGGUAUGGGAUCUAAGGUGCAUCUCAAGACCAGUGAAUGAAACUUCAGUUUGUCUUGGAGGAGGAGUUUGGAGAAUCAAGCACCAUCCUUUUGUGUCAGGUUUGGUCUUAGCAGCGUGUAUGCAUAACGGAUUUGCAAUCGUCAAGAUUGGAGAUGAGAAACCGGAAGUUUUUGAAGCUUACAGUCAGCAUGGCUCACUUGCAUACGGGGCAGAUUGGCAGCGAGCAAAGUUAUUACCAGGAGGCAGUACUAUUGUGGCUACUUGCUCAUUUUACGACCGGCUUCUUCGCGUAUGGAGGCCAAAAAGUGAUUUUUGCUGCAUUUAACCACGUCUCGUUAUCUGAGUUCACACACUAGGAACCAAUUAUGUUGGUUUAGGAAAUAUUAUUUUUCAAACUAAGAUAUGUAUUGCCUACAUACGAUCAUAUCUUUCUUCCUUCCAACCAAGUAUGACAAGUCGUUUUGCCCAUAUAUAUGCUAUUAUUCAUGGGACUUAUGAGUUAUGUGGCUUCAAACUUCAAACAUCUGCAGUUAAAAACAAGAAUUUCUGAAUGUCAUCGGAACUUGACUUACUUGCUAGUUUGAAUUUAACGAGCAAUAAUUGAACAAA